AGGGAGCUGAGCCACGACCAGGCUGAUGGAAUUCGAACCCGGGCUCCUCCGACACCAGUUCUAGGCACUGCCUCAAAGGCUUUCCGCUCCUGCUUUGUUGUGUUGCUCCCCGCCCCCCUUUCCCAGGAGGAGUGAGCUCUGUGGACUCAACAAUGGCUUCCGUGCCCCCACCAGCCAGGGUCUGCCAGGAGCCAGUGACCUUCCAAGAUGUGGCGGUGGUCUUCACGCGGGAGCAGUGGGCUUACCUGGACCCUUCUCAGAAGGCGCUGUACCGGGACGUGAUGCUGGAGACCUACCAGAACCUGCUCUGCCUGGGACUGGCCCUGUCCAAGCCCCAGGUGAUCCACCAGCUGGAGCGAGGGGAGGCACCUUGGACUCCAGAGAGGAGCUGUCCUGAUUUGGAGACUAGGCCUGAAAGCAAGGUGUCAACUGCAAAGCUGUGCUUUUUGAUAGAACAGUUAGGACCAAGUAGACUUACAGGGGAUGUUCUCUGUCUCUCCAACUUAAAAGAAGACAAUGAUGCCAGAUUAGGGAGGCAACAGAGCAUUGAGCUAAAAAAUUCUCAGCAAGUAAAAAUCACCCAAAGAAAAACUCUCACUGAAGUAAGGGGCCAUGAAUGUACUAAAUACAAUCAAAAUGCCAGGCUAAAACCAAACCUUUUUCCACAACCUAAAAUAUCUCUAGGAAAGAACCUCCAAAAAUGUGCUACACACAGAAUGAGCUGCCUUCCACCUUUAAACCCAAAUACAUGUAAUAGAAUCUGCUCAAAGAAGGUAUUUGCUCAGGAUAAUGAAUGUGGGAAAUCCUUCACUUCUCAGCCAGACUUAAUUGAAUCCCUUAGACUAUAUCCUGCAGAAAAAAACAAUGACUAUGAGGAAUGUGGGAAAGACAUCAACUGCAGCCUAUUCUUCAGUCGUCAUCAGACAAUAGAUAUUGGAGAGAAAAACCCUAAAUGUAACAACAUUGAAGGGGCUUCCUCAGGGGGUAUACAAUUUAUUCAACAUCAGAGAAUCCAUACUGGAGAUAAACCUGAUGAGUACGGUAAAUGUUGGAAGAAUUUCAAUCGCAAGUCAUCUGUUAUUUCUCAUGAAAGGAUUUCCACUGAGAAGAAACCUGAAUGCAAUGACUGUGGUAAGGUUUCCUUUGAAAGUGGAAAGCUAACUCAUCAGAAAAUUCAUAAUGGAGAACAACCCUGUAAAUAUAAAGAAUGUGAGAAGGCCUCACCCCAGAGCUCAGAAAUCACCCAUCAUCAAAGUAUUUGUAGUGGAGAGAAAUCCUAUGAAUAUUCCUAUGAAUAUAAUCACUGUGGGAAGACCUUUCCCACAAGACACUUGCUCACUUGGCAUGAGAUGAUCCCUACUGGAGAGAAACCUUAUGAAAGUAAUCAUUGUCAAAAGGCCUUUCAUCAGAGUGGGACUCUUACCCAUCACGAGAGAAUCCAUGUUGGAGAGAAACCUUAUACAUGUAAUCAGUGUGGGAAGACCUUUCCUUUGUAUACAGAUCUAUCCCAACAUCAGCAAAUUCAUACUAAGAAACUUUAUAAAUGUAAUCAUUGUCAGAAGGCCUUUCAUCGGCACUCACACCUAUCCCGGCAUCAGCGAAUUCAUACUAAGAAUCCUUAUGAAUGUAAUCAAUGUGGCAAGGCCUUCUCUCUAAGCACAGAGCUUUUUCAGCAUCAGAGAAUUCAUACUGGAGAGAAACCUUAUGAAUGUGGUGCAUGUGAGAAAGCCUUUUAUGUGAAGACAGAGCUUACUUACCACCAGAGACUUCAUACUGGAGAGAAACCUUAUCAAUGCAGUCAAUGUGGGAAAACCUUUCGCCUCAAGAAACAGUUUACUGAACACCAGAGAGUUCACACUGGAGAAAAACCUUAUAAAUGUAAUCAGUGUGGGAAGACCUUUUCCCGGAGUGCACACCUGUACCGACAUCAGGGAAUCCAUACUGGUGAGAAACCUCAUGAAUGUGAUCAGUGUGGGAAGGCCUUUCGCUUGGGUGCACAGCUUAUCCAACAUCAGAGGAUUCACACUGGAGAGACACCUUAUGAAUGUAAUCAGUGUGGGAAGACCUUCUCUCGGAGCGAACACCUAUCCCGACAUCAGGGAAUUCAUACUGGUGAGAAACCUCAUGAAUGCGAUCAGUGUGGGAAGGCUUUUCGCCUAGGUGCACAGCUUAUCCAACAUCAGAUGAUUCAUACUGGAGAGAAACCCUAUGAAUGCAAUGACUGUGGGAAGACCUUUUCCACAAGACAAUUACUUAUUCGGCAUGUGAUGAUUCAUACUGGAGAAAAACCUUAUCAAUGUAAUCAUUGUCAGAAGACCUUCCGCCUGGGUGCACAGCUUACCCAACAUGAGAGAAUCCAUACUGGAGAGAAACCUUAUAAAUGUAAUCACUGUGGGAAGACCUUUUCCACAAGACAGUUGCUCACUUGGCAUGAGAUGAUUCAUACUGGAGAGAAGCCUUAUGAAUGUAACCAUUGUCAGAAGGCCUUUCGCCAGAGACAGACUCUUGCCCAACAUGAGAGAAUCCAUACUGGAGUGAAACCUUAUAAAUGUAAUCAAUGUGGGAAGACCUUCCCCUGGCGCACAAAUCUAUCCCAACAUCAGCGAAUUCAUACUAAGAAACUUUAUAAAUGUAAUCAUUGUCAGAAGGCCUUUCAUCGGCACUCACACCUAUCCCGGCAUCAGCGAAUUCAUACUAAGAAUCCUUAUGAAUGUAAUCAAUGUGGCAAGGCCUUCUCUCUAAGCACAGAGCUUUUUCAGCAUCAGAGAAUUCAUACUGGAGAGAAACCUUAUGAAUGUGGUGAAUGUGAGAGAGCCUUCUAUGUGAAGAAAGAGCUUACUUACCACCAGAGACUUCAUACUGGAGAGAAACCUUAUCAAUGCAGUCAGUGUGGGAAAACCUUUCGCCUCAAGAAACAGUUUACUGAACACCAGAGAGUUCACACUGGAGAAAAACCUUAUAAAUGUAAUCAGUGUGGGAAGACCUUCUCCCGGAGCGAACACCUAUCCCGACAUCAGGGAAUUCAUACUGGUGAGAAACCUCAUGAAUGUGAUCAGUGUGGGAAGACUUUUCGCUUGGGUGCACAGCUUAUCCAACAUCAGAGGAUUCAUACUGGAGAGAAGCCUUAUGAGUGUAAGCUUUGUGGGAAGGCCUUCCACCUCAGAACAACCCUUAGCCAACACCAGAGAAUUCAUACUGGUGAGAAACCUCAUGAAUGUGAUCAAUGUGGGAAGGCUUUUCGCCUACGUGCAGACCUCACUCGACAUCAGAGGAUCCAUACUGGGGAGAAACCAUAUGAAUGUAAAGAAUGUGGGAAGACUUUUAGUAACAGAGGCAAUCUUACUCAACAUGAAGGGGUUCACAUUGGAGAAAAACCUUAUAAAUGUAAUCAAUGUGGGAAGGCCUUCCGCCUGAGUACACGCCUCCUCCAACAUCAAAGGAUUCAUACUGGAGAGAAACCUUAUGAAUGUAAUCAUUGUGGGAAGGCCUUCCGCCUCAGAACAACCCUUACCCAACAUCAGAGAAUUCAUACUGGUGAGAAACCUUUUACCUGCCAUGAAUGUGGGAAGACCUUUCGCCAGCAUGGAAAUCUUAUUAAACAUGAGAGGGUUCAUGUUGGAGAGAGAGCUCAUCAAUGCGAUCAGGACCUGUGAGGAGAGCACACAGCUUGCUCAGCAUCAGAGACUUUAGACUGGAGAUAAACCUUAUGAGAAGAGUUGAUGUCAGAAGACCUUUAUUGUGAGAAAUGCCCUUGCUCAGUAUCAGAGAAUUCUCACUGGAGAGAAAUAUUAUUGCGAAAAGCUCCAUGUAAAGAAAUUGCUUUCUUGGCAUGAGAAUUUUCCAAACAGAAACUCUAUUAAUACAUUCAAUAUGAGUAGACCUUCUGCCUGAGCACAGAGAUUACCCUGUAGCAGAGACUUCACACUUGACAAUAACCUGUGAGAUUUAAAAUUUACUACAAGAGCAUUAAACUCCCCCUUUUAACUUUUCCCCUAUAUAUCUCCCAGACCAGUAAGAAAAGAAGCCUCUGAGUUUUAA